UUUAGUCACGUGACGAAAGAGACGCAUGGCAUGGCGUCGUUGCUGCUGUUGGUCUGUUUGUGUCAAACGAAACUCAAUUCUUUGUGCUUGUUGCUGUAAAUAAUGAGUAGAGCAUCGGACUAGAACCUCGCAGUAAGUAAGAAGAUGAAUUGAAGUCAAAAUGCAGCAGACUGGACGCAAGAAACUGGUUGAGUUAAAUCCUCAUCUGACCUGCAUGCUGUGCGGAGGAUACUUUGUGGAUGCCACGACAAUCAUCGAGUGCCUCCAUUCAUUCUGCAAGACAUGCAUAGUGCGCUACCUGUCCCUGCAUAAGAUCUGCCCCGUCUGUGAUGUUCAGGUCCAUAAGACAAGGCCUCUCGUCAAUAUCAGGUCGGAUCAAACUCUGCAGGAUAUUGUGUACAAACUUGUGCCGGGUCUGUUUAAAAGCGAAAUGCGGAAGAGACGAGAGUUUUACGCCCGGCUGCCACCCUCCGCGCGAGGCUGCAUUCCCACGUCGAGUGAAGAGCGUGGAGAUGCCAGGGGCGUUGAACGACUCAUCUUCACCCCCGAGGACCUGUUCAGUCUUUCGCUCGAAUAUUCUGCGAGGGAUGUGCUUCCAAUUCGUCCUCCCCUGCUUGGUGUCCACUCUGAGGAGGAGCAGAACUCUCCUCCUAGCAGCCGUCGUUACCUGUCCUGUCCUGGGGCAUUUACUGUUGGCCAUCUAAAAAAGUUCCUCAGGGCAAAGUAUGGUCUGGCCUCCAAUCAAGAGGUGGAUGUCAUGUAUGUGCACGACUACUUGCUCGAUGAAUAUACGCUCAUCGACCUGGCCUACAUCUACUCUUGGAGGAGGAAUGCUCCGAUGCGUCUUCUGUACCGGUUCCCCAACCUUCACGUGCCAUCCCCAGACGCCCCAGUGCCAGCAGAGGAAGGGAAAAGCAUCGUCAUCGCAACCAAGCCUUUAGAUUCCCCUGUGGAGAAAAGUUCCUGCCAGACAGCAACAUUGAACCAUACGGAUCCUCCAAAGAAAGACGUGUCUGUCAUACCUUUACCUCCUCCGCCAUCUUCGUUGCAGAAACAGCAGAUGCUGCUCUGCACUCCCCCCAAAGUUUCAAAGUUGUCCUUGAACUACAGCAAACGUAACGGAGUACUCACUUCUCCCAAUGGAGUUCGGACAAAUUUUCGCCUCAUCUUGCCCGCAACCAACAACGGUGGUGACAGAACUGAAACGCAACAGCCAAACACUGUGAAACAAGUGAACAGGACAGUGAGUGGGACACAAAAUGGCACCAGGCAGGAAGCGGAGCUUUGUGCGAAUGAAGGGCCAAAAAUGAAGCUGACCAGUUCAACGACGCAGAAAGAUCAGUGCAAGGAGACGACAUCGUGACAUUGUCGUUGGACACACAGUGUUCUGCUCAAUAGAAGGUGCUGGUUCAGUCAUUGAAGCAGAUUACAUGGAAAGCCAUCUCAAGUCACCCAAUCUGCCUUCUACAAGCAGGGUACCAAUGUUUCAGCCAUUGUGCCUUCUACAGCACAAAUAAAACAGGUGCCCAGAAUCACCUGGUGUUUUGUACACUGCACAGCUUCCUCUACACCUGCUAACCUCACGUUUGAAAUGUGUCAAGCACGAGUAUGUUCAACGAAGUAAGUCAUUAUUUAAAAAUAUUUUGUACAUACUUUGUUACUUGUCAACUAUGCACAGAUAACUUUAUUCUUGUAAAAAAAUUGUGUACAUUAAAUAUAUAUAUAUAUACAUACAUACAUAAUUAUAUUUUUGUCAGUUGUUCAUCGUUUACUGUGGCGAUGUUCUGUUGUACAGAGUCUUGUACAAAGAAAAUGAAAAAUAAAAUGCUGGCUACAGAGUUGAAAUAGUA